UCCGGUGUACCCGGAAGAUGCCGCGGGGGUUCCUGGUGAAACGGAGCAGGAGGCCGGGGGGCUCCUAUAGGAUGCGCCCCGCAGGCGGACCCUCAGCGCUCCGCCUGGAAGAAGCGCCCCGCCUCGCAACGCCUUUGCCAGAGGCGCCGCAACAGCCCCAGCAGCUGCCUCAGCCCAACUCCCCAGUGAUGGUGAUCUGGGACGCCGGAGGCUCGGACAACGUAGUCUCCGCCGCAGACGAGCCCAGGCGCUACGCUCCUUCUUCCGUAUCGGCCGAAUCCUCUCCUCUGGGCCCCGCCUUGGCGCUGGCAGAAAAGCUGCCCCUGAUUCCGCGCACUCCGGUGCCUUUGCCGGUGCCGCUCCCCUUGCCGGCUGCCUCGCUUUGCCCGGCUAUCCCGCUCAAGCGCCCCUCCCGAGCGAAGGCGCCGCCCGCUAAGAAGCCCAAGGCCGUGCGCAAGCUGAGCUUUGCCGACGAGGUGACCACAUCGCCUGUGUUGGGGUUGCGGAUCAAAACGGCUUCCGAGGCGGGCAGCGAAGGGAUCCGCGUGGCUCGUCCGACGCUGCUCGGUGAAUUUGUCUGCCAGCUGUGCAAGGAGCCCUAUGCCGAUCCCUUGGCUCUGGCUCAGCAUCGUUGUUCCCGAAUUGUGCGCGUCGAAUACCGCUGCCCGGAGUGUCACAAAAUCUUCAGUUGCCCGGCCAACCUGGCUUCUCACCGCCGGUGGCACAAGCCGCGCCCGACCACCUCCGCCGGUCCCACCCAGGACAAAGAAAACAGUCGCGGGGAGCCCGGCCGCGAUCAGCACCACGGCUCUGCGGACAGCUCCUGCUGCCGGGACCAGCCGCCUCCUCGUGCCUCCCAGAUAGGUCCGGGCAGCGAAGCUACCGCCGCAGCCACCUCAACUCCUGGCUCCAGUUUGGUAGCUCCUCCUGGCGAGGUCUACUUUUGCCCUUAUUGCCACAAGUCUUUCCGGCGCCAGGCAUACCUGCGCAAACACCUGGGAACCCACCAGGCUGGCAUUGCCAGCUUUACCAACAACUCACCAUCUCACCCACUCCCGCAACAGAUCGCUUUUUCCUGUCAUUUGUGUGGUGCGCAUUUCCCGUCGGCGGACAUCCGAGACAAGCAUCGGGUAUGGCACACAGUGCAUGAGGAAUUGCUUCUGCCACUGGGGCAGCCUGAGGGCAGCGUUAACCAUGGUGAGCAGCAGAUCUUUUCUUGCAAACACUGUCCCUCGACUUUCUUCAGCUCGCCUGGUCUUACCCGACACAUCAACAAGUGCCACCCUUCGGAGAACAGGCAGGUUCUUCUAUUGCAGAUGUCCGUCAGGCCGGGCUGCUAGGCUCGUCCGGCAACGAGUUGAUUCUUCUCUCCAGACAGAACUGUAAAAUUGCACACAUUAGGGCUAAACAUUUGCCUGACUGUACAGAGCAGGUGCUCGGACUACUCUCCCAUUAUCUGAUACUGCAUUAUCCCUUUUGUCUCUAAGCCUUGUUUUUUUUUUCCUUUGGUGACCCAAAUAAUCCUCUCUAAAGUAUAAUUCCAAUGGAAAAUCAUAACCAAAAGGUAUCACCAUAUUUUGUGUCCAAUAUUUUUAGUACAAAAAGCCCGUUAUUCUUGACAAAUUUUCCCUUGCUGCCUUAUAGUGGGAUAAGAGUGCACUGUAGAUUCUGUGAAAUACUGAACUCUCUUAACUGUUUUCAUACUGAACUCUUACCAUUUAGAAGCUCACCUUCUGCUUUAGAACUAAAAACAUGGCAUUAUACUGAGAGGAAACAUACUUUUCUGGCUGUGCUUAAUACUGUAGCUAAACCUAGAACCAAUUGUGUGCCUACCUGUGAGUAAGUCAUCUGGGGAAAGUGGGACUGUGAAUAUUUAAUUCUGCUUACUCUUGUCCCUAGGAUCUUAAAUACAUUCCAACACUGUUUAAUUAAAGCUUAAUUGGGAAGAAGAAGUAGUCAGAUUUAUAUAUUCAAUUAGGGGAAUUUGCCUCCCCAGUUUUCAAGUUUAAAAAAAUAGUUUUUGUAAUUGUUUUGUUCAUUGUGUUCUGUAAUAUAACAAUAUAUUGUCAGUUAUUCAUAGCAGGUCAAUGUCUGUUACAAAAUGCUCCUUCUGUCUGCUGUUGCUCAUUACUGGUAAUUAAA